AUGUCUUCCUUCAGCAAUACCGACACCGGCUCGAAGAAUGCCGACCCCUACGUCGCCAAGAACCUCCAGGAGCCUUCCCUGAAAGAGAAGGUCGAGGAUCUUCUCGCCUUUGUUGACAAGACCAAGUUCUGCCUGUUAACCACCCAGACCGCGGACAGCGAUCUGUUGGCAUCAAGAGCCAUGGCUUUGGCUGCCAAGGAAGGAAACGGCUUCGAUCUCCUCUUCCACACGAACACCGAAUCGGGCAAGACAGACGACCUCAAGGAGCACAAGUCAGUCAACAUUGGCUUCAUCAACAAUUCCGGCGAGUGGGCCUCCAUCUCGGGUCAUGCCUCCAUUGAGACCAACCGUGAGGUUGUCAGGAAGCACUAUUCACCGGCACUGAAGGCUUGGAUCGGCGACCUCGAAGACGGUAAGCAUGAUGGUGGCCCAGAGGACCCACGCAUUGGUAUCAUUCGCGUCAAGGCCAGCACCGCUCAGUAUGCUGUCUCGAGGAAGACUGCGAUCGGUGGCUUCGUGGAAUUGGCCAAAGGUAUCGCGACUGGAGAAGCGCCGAGUGUGAACAAGUUGAGGCAUAUUAGUGAGGCUGAGGUCCAGCAGUGGAAGGCCCAGUAG